AUGUUCAUUAACCAUAAAGUCUUGCAAUUGGCUAGACUUAAGCGGUAUAGCGAAGAGACGACAGAAGCGGUACUAAGAGAGCUCCACUGCAAGGCUGACGAGACGUUUCUAUGGGUAGCCUUGGUUUGUGUCGAGCUGUCAAAACCAGAUGUCAGAUCCUGGAAUACCAUUGAGCAGCUGAAUUCUAUGCCACGGGGCCUAGAGAAGCUGUACGACCGCAUGCUUCAACAAAUCCUCGCCUCUCGGAAUUCCACGGUCUGUGGACGGAUCCUCGCAAGUUCUACUAUCGCAUUUCGUCCCCUAUUAACUGGCGAGCUUCUGAUUUUUGUUGAUGGUUUGGAGCUUUUACGGCCAGAGCAAAUUGAGGAAAUCGUUGGAGAAUGCGGUUCAUUCUUAUGCAUCCGAGAGAAUACAGUACAUUUCGUACACCAGUCGGCCCAGGACUUUUUGCUCGAAUCGGAAAACUAUUACACGUUAUCACAUUUCAAAAAAGAAGAAUCUCACCUCAAUAUGUUUAGACAGUCUUUAAAGGCUUUAAAGAACCUCUAUCGCAACAUGUACAAUAUUCCGUCUCCUGGGGACAGCAUCAUUGACGCACCUGAUCCCGACCCCCUGGCUUGCCUCGGAUAUGUCUCUCUUUAUUGGGCUCGUCACUUAAUAGCCGGAGGAGGCCUAGUUCGAGGAGCAGCCGAUCAAUAUUUACUUGACACCUUUCUGAAAAACAAAUUACUCAACUGGCUGGAAGCUCUUAGCUUAAAACAGCAGAUUCCCCAUGGGGUGGCGACCUGCCGCAGACUCUUGAGCACUUUGCCAGAUUUCAUAGACAAGAGCCUCAAAAGUCUAGUCAAGGAUGUAUGUAGAUUCGUUCUCACAUUCCGGCAUGCUUUCGAGCUCGCCCCUCUCCAAGUCUAUGUUUCCGCUCUUGUCUUCAGUCCUACUUCGAGUGUCGUCAAAAGCCUCUAUGAGGCUGAUCAACCCACAUGGAUCAAUCUGAGGCCCAGGCCUCCUUCGGACUGGGACACUUGUACCCAGACUAUAGAAGGUAAAGACUGGGGGUUUGACUCAAUCGCUCUCGCGCCAGAUGGGCGCACACUGGCUUCAUCUUCUCAGAUUGAUAAGCAGCUUAAAUUAUGGGAUACAGAGAAAGGCUGCUGCAUAUACUGCGGUGAUUUGAAAAAUGGACUUCUGGACUCUCUCGUCUUUUCUCCAAACGGAAGGCAGUUAGCAGCCCUUUUAUAUAGCUUCGAUUGGACCAGUCGCACGAUCGCGCUUUUUGACCUCUUCACACCCCUGAACCCGGAUAGGCCGUCCUUGUUCCUGGAUAAUAAUGAGGAAUUUGAGGGUUUUGAAGAUUUCAAUGCAAAAUCUAUCGUAUUCUCGCCGAGCGGGCUUCACCUAGCCGCUAAUUCGAAAAAUGCAUCCGCCAAAAUUUGGGAUCUCCGCACACGUUGCUGCGUGCGAACAAUGACACGUCCCAGUUUUCCCGAUGACUAUGACUCAUGUAUUGCAUACUCAGAGGAUGGCAUGAUGCUGGCAACUGGAAGAAUGGCGGAUGGUGUAUGGAUAUGGGCAGUUGAAACUGGGCAGUGCCUCCAUGCCAUCGAUACUCCUGCCUCAGGCCUUACAUUUCUACCCCAAACCUUAUUAGUAGCCAGUUACAAUGGCACCUUCAGCGUAUGGAAUACGGAAACUUGGGCUAAUACACAGACUUGGAAACGGCAUGGUCCUAGAAACCAAGCAUUAAUCUCACUCAAUAUUCCAGGACUCCUCUGUGCGUCAACCUCAUGGUCCAGCAUUAUGUUAUGGGACAAUGAUGGGUUCUGCGUUCGCGAACUCAAAGGACAUGGGUCUUUCAUAAGCGACUUAGCGUUUUCCGCUGAGAAAGGUUUACUCGUUUCAUCCGCAUACGACCGCACCCUCAAGCUAUGGGACUUAACGGCUACCAGAGAUGGUGAUGCCGAAGCCUCAAACCAGGAAUAUCUUUAUGACAAGAUUGACGAUCAAAGAUAUGAUGACAUACUGUCAGACCAAUUUAAGGAAACUUCAGACCCAUCGAUUCAAAGAGAGAAACCCUCAUCCUCGGACGACGAGGGAACCUUCACAAGCCCAAGCUCCACCAGAGCAGAAAUAUACAAUAUGCCUCUUGAUCGAAGCUCUGACCUUGAGCACGACUAUCCCAUCCUAAUUGUUACAUUUUCACCUGACUGUCGAUGGCUCGUGUCAUUUGCUGAAGACCAUACCAUCAAGAUCUGGGACGUUGCCAGCUGUGCGUGCGUACGAACGAUGGAAGGUCCUAAAACUCUAACAAAGGCACCUCUCUCACUCCAAUUUUCUUCUGAUGGAUUGUGGCUCCUUUGCGCGUCUGAAAUCCAUCAUCGAACGACUCCCUUUAUGAUAUGGGAGACUGCUACGUGGACCAUCGUCGACGAGUCCAGUGCGAACCUAUACAGUAGCGAUGGAGGUGCUGUGGGCUUGUCACCCGACGGUAAGCUCAUGGCAAGAGCCAUUAGGGAUAAGGAGUUAACUAGCGUCAUAAUCUUGGAAACACGCGAACAGGUGCAUGUCUUUCCUUUCUGGGCCUCGAUAUUGACUUUUUCACCCCGCAGCCGCGUCUUAGUGCUGUGUUCCAAAUUGGGUGUUCAGGCGUAUGAUACGGACGUGGGCUCUGAGCUCUGGAGACUCGACAUCGAAGAUAUACUAGAGGCAUUUCCAUGGGCAGAAACAGACAGCGAAACGGGCAGUGAAACAGGCAGUGAAACAGGCAGUGAAACAGGCAGUGACACAGGCAGCGAAAUAUCGGACGACACGCCAUACAUAGAGGCAUCGGCGCCUCCAUGCAUGGCAUUGGCGCUGUCAGCCGAUGGAACAAGGUUUGCAAUGGUUACAAACGAGGAAUUCGCGAUUUGGAACGUGGAAGAUCCUCAACCAGGCAUCUUUCGGGUGGAAAGCCACUCGUCCGCAGGUCCGGAGGUAGCUAUCAAUACCAGGUGGUUUGUUAUGGCUCCCGAUCAUGGCCAUCUUUAUGUCAAGGACCUAACAAACGAAGAACCCGCCUUAAAGAUACCUAUGCUGCAGCGCAUAAGUGGCCUUGAUUUUGACCCGGUCAAUGAAGACCGUUUAUUCACAAACGCAGGCACUUGGAACAUUCAGGACGAUGGAUCUACCCGUCUAGAAGGUUAUGGCUUGAGCAACGAUGGGUCGUGGGUAUCAAAAAACGAUGAGAGGCUGCUGUGGCUCCCAUCUGAGUAUCGAGGUCACGCAGUGGCCCAUACUAAAGGGGCAAGGAUUGCACUGGGGAGUUCUUUGGGUCGCGUUGCCAUGCUUGAGUUUAGAGACGAGCUAUAA